AUGAUUCUUCUUUCCCUUUGCACCCUAGCAACUUCAAUAGCCAUACUCCCCAAUGCCCGCCGUGAAGCUGACGAAGUCAUCGAGGACUACAGCUCUGUCACCGAAAUGGAUACACGAGAUACACUUGAAACCAGAGCCUACCCUCGUUGCUUGAGUUACGCGGACUGCAAAGGUGGCUGGUGCCACAAGGGCAACUGUCUAGAUAAUGUGUGCAAAGGCGCAAAUAUGUGCCCCAAGGGGUUCUUGUGCGAUGGCGCCAACUGCUACAAGCAUAAGAAACCUUGGGUGUAUGAUGGUCCUUCUUAG